AUGCCGAAAAUACACAACUUUGGUGCCGGUCCGGCGAAAAUGCCAGAAGAGGUUUACGAUAUAAUAAGAGACGAGUUAACGAACUUCAAAGGAUCUGGAAUAAGUUUGAUGGAAACGAGUCACAGGACACCGGCGUAUAUGAAGUUUAAUACUGCAGUUCAAGAAACUGUUAGGCGACUUCUGAAUGUACCAUCCAACUACAAAAUCCUUUUUUUAGCUGGUGGAGGCCAAGGUCAAUUUGCAGCGGUUCCUCUGAACUUGAUGUCCAGGACCGGAACAGCUGAUUAUGUUGUCACAGGGUCUUGGUCGGCCAUGGCGGCUAAGGAAGCGAAGAAAUUCGGCAAAGUAAACUUGGUGCUGCCAGCUACUGACAAAUACACGGGAAUUCCUGAUCAGUCUACAUGGAACCUCGAUCCUAAUGCUUCAUAUGUUCAUAUUUGUGGCAAUGAAACUAUUCACGGUGUGGAAUUUGACUUCAUUCCUGACACAAAGGGAGUCCCCUUGGUUGCGGAUAUGUCUUCGAACUUCAUGUCGAAGAAACUCGAUGUCUCUAAGUUUGGUGUUAUCUACGGUGGUGCACAAAAGAACAUAGGUACAUCAGGUGUUGCUUUAGUGAUAGUGAGAGAAGACCUUCUGAAUCAGGCUCUACCAAUUUGUCCAGCUAUUUUGGACUGGACCGCAAAUGCUAAAGCUGAUUCCAUACUGAAUACUCCACCUAUGUUCGCUAUAUACGUCAUGGGACAAUGUCUAGAAUGGAUCGAAAGAAAAGGAGGUCUCGAUAAAAUGGCGGAACUGUCGCAAAAGAAAUCAUCUCUCGUGUAUGGAAUGAUAGAAAAAUCUAACGGAUUCUACUACGCGCCAGUUGCGAAAGACGCUAGAAGCAAGAUGAACGUGCCCUUCAGAGUUGGCUCGGCCAACGGUGAUGAAGCUCUGGAGAAAGAGUUCUUGAAAGGCGCUGAAUCAUUAGGCCUAAUACAGUUAAAAGGACACAGGAGUGUUGGUGGUAUUCGUGCAUCCAUUUACAACGCAGUGACCAUAGAAGAAGUGGAAUUUCUAGUAAAGUACAUGAAAGAAUUCUACGAAAAGCACGCUAAGUAA